CAUUUUUCACAAAAAUCAUUCUAUACCACAUUAAUGGCUUCAUCACCCUCUUCUCUAGUUUUCAAAGUUCACAGACGUGAACCCGAGCUGAUCAAACCAGCGAAGCCCACCCCACAUGAGUUCAAGCUGUUAUCUGACAUUGAUGACCAAGAAGGCCUUCGAUACCACAUUCCAUUCAUACAAUUUUAUCGGCACAAUCCCUCAGUGCAAGGGAAAGACCCCGUCAAGGUCAUCAGAGAGGCAAUUGCUAAAACAUUAGUGUUUUACUAUCCAUUUGCCGGCAGGCUGAUGGCAGGGCAUAACCGCAAGCUCAUGGUGGAAUGCACUGGCGAGGGUAUCUUGUUUAUAGAGGCUGACGCUGAUGUUACACUUGAGCAGUUUGGUGAUCCACUUCAACCUCCAUUUCCUUGCUUGGAGGAGCUCCUCUUUGAUGUUCCUGGCUCUAGCGGGGUGCUAAACUGCCCUCUGUUACUUAUUCAGGUGUCACGGCUCAAGUGUGGUGGUUUUCUCUUUUCCCUCCGCCUCAACCAUACCAUGAGUGACGGCCCAGGAUUAGUGCAAUUCAUGGCAGCGGUGGGUGAGAUGGCACGCGGAGCCAGCGCCCCCUCUGUCCCUCCAGUGUGGGAAAGACAUGUCCUUAAUGCAACUGACCCACCUCGAGUUUCUUGCAGACACCGAGCGUACGAGGAGGUAGCUGGCUCCAAGAGCUCAAUUCUUACACAUGAUCAUCUGGUUCAUCGUUCAUUUUUCUUUAGCCCUUCAGAUAUAACUGCUCUUCGAAAAUUGGUCCCACCUCACCUCGGCUAUUGUUCUAGUUUCGAAAUAUUAACGGCAUGUCUUUGGAUAUGUCGUGCCAUUGCCCUCCAACCAGAUCCUAAUGAAGAAAUGCGCAUAAUUUGCCUCGUCAAUGCUCGUGAAAAACUCAACCCUCCGUUAUUACCAAGAGGUUACUAUGGUAAUGGUUUUGGUCUUCUAGCAGCAGUAGCAACUGCAGGGGAACUUUCGAAAAGGCCAAUUGGAUAUGCUUUGGAGCUGGUAAAGAAGGCUAAGGCGGGCAUGACUGAGGAAUACAUGCGAUCUACAGCAUCUUUGAUGGUGAGCAAGGGAAGGCCUCUUUUUACUGUGCCAGGGACCUACAUAGUGUCGGACUUGAGACGUACGGGAUUUGAAAAGGUAGAUUUCGGAUGGGGAAAUGCUCUCUAUGGCGGGACUGCAAAAGCCAUCCCUGAACUUGCAAGCUUUUAUAUUCCGUUUACAAAUAAGAAAGGAGAAGAUGGGGUCGUAGUACAAUUUUGCUUGCCAGCUCCUGCCAUGGAAAGACUUUUCAAGGAGCUUGAAGGCAUGCUAAAGGGCUGAUAAAAACAAACAAAAAAGCAUGAGAGGAUGAAUAAUGUGUACCACGUAUCCUUUAUCCAUGUUUCGUUUGAAUUUCAUUUUUAAUAUUAGGACGACAUUUACCUUUUAUGACUAUUAAUAAAUAAUUUGCCGUAAUUAUGAUUAA